CCCACUGCUGGGGAUGGAGCUCCGACCUGAAUAGAUACAGAGAGGUCCAUUUGUAUGGCAGCUCAGAGCUUUUUACAUUUGGUUUGUCACCUAGAGGAGAGAGUGACAAGCCCUCUGUGGCACAACAGUACUCAGCACUGCCAAGAAGUGCCCCUUGUCAGGAUCUGCCUUUCCCAUGCUCUCUGUGCAGUGCACUUUUUAAAUGCUGCAUUUACCCACUGUCACUGCAGCUAAUGAUUCUGCCUGAGCACACGUAUAUUUGAAUAGAUAAGUCUCUUGGAGAGCUGCUAACAGGACUGCUGUCUGUGCCUGAGUUUAAAGAGCAAAGGCAAAAGCUAGGAGAGGAGGGAAGGGGCUGGCAAGGAGAUAUCAGCUCAGAGUUAAGAACCUAUAAGGGAUGCUUGUCAGUCAGCAGGGCUGGCUCCUGCCCUCAGCCCUGGAAAGCUCUGCCUUGUCACCAUUCUUGCUGUCAUUGGAGACCUGCCAGGGGUUUUUCUCAGGAGCUGUCAGCUUUCCGAUAAGCUGAGAUGUGUUAUCGGGAACAGAUCUGAGCCGCAAGCAAGAUUGACAUGGUGAGGAAUGGCUGCCCCUCUUCUGCUGGAGCCCCACUGCGCUUCAGGGUGCUCAUAGAAGGCAGUGGAGGUUGGGUGGUGCUCAGCAGGGAGAGGUGUCGCUCUGAUGUGCACGUACCACUGCAGAGCCCCAUGAGCUCACAAACAAGCUGUUCGCUGCUCCUCUCCUACAUACAUGCACAUCCUGAUGGUAAAUGGUCCUCAUGCAUCCACUGAAGCCGUGCUACCUGAUUGCACAUCAGGACUCAGCCAUGCAAAUGAGAGCAAGGCAUCUGACACAGGAGCACCAUGAGUCCAUAUGAGAAGUCUACAGUAACAUCCUGUGUGAACAAGACCUUACUCAGCAACUUGUGCAACAUAAAUCUCAAAGUAAUGGAUAAAAGUAAAUCAGCCUUCCUAGCUCUGCUUUGCAGAGGUGCAAAAGAUUGUAAGAUGAGAUGUUGACAGGGCUAGGAAUAGAAAUCAGGUCCUUUGCACUUGUCAAAGCAAAGAAUUCACUGUGCUUUUGAGGGUCUUUGGAUGCAGCUUCCAUGAAAUUCAGGGAAAGGAGCUACUCAGGACUUAGUUUUUCCUUUCCUGUAGCUCCUUGUGUCCUAUCCAGCCUAGACUUGAACUCUCCAAGAGAUGAAGUUACUGCCUUUCUCUGGGAUGGCUGAACUAGGGGCUGGAGCAUUUGACACUUAAGGAGUUUUUCCCAAGGCUCAGAUGCAUUUAUAUCUCCAGCUUUCUGAUCUCAGCAAUGUCUGAUCAUCCUAACUUCAUUCAUAAAUCUCCAUACCCUGAGAUAUCCUACACUCUCCUGUAUUCAUCACUUAGCUGUAGGUUGUCCUUCAAGAAAACCCCUAUAGUCCCACUGACUGCCAUCAGUUUACCAUGAUCCUUUCACUUCCUGCUGGCUGUCAGCUCUAGUGUGGGAUCUGUAUGUUUAUCUAAUGAAGAUUUAUUGCAGUAACUGUUUUCUUUCUGGUUCAGUUGAGAGGUUUGCAUUAACAUCCUUCUGCUUCCUGGGUUCUCUCUUGCUCAGGAUGCACCAUAAUUUAAAUGGUCAUGCCAACCCAGACAAAACCAGAAUCCCAUGCCGAGUGUCCCUGAGCAGUUUGUAGGCAGUUGCUGACACAUAUUACAUGUUUAUGGUAUGAAUCUAGAAAUUGGUCUGCGUUGGCUGCAGAACUGACAGGUAAUAACAGCAUGUAAUCUGAAAUUCUCCUCUGCCUUCAUUUUCUUCAUCCUCUUAUGUUUUUCUCUUCUCUCUCCUGCACUGAUGUUGAGGUCCCUAGAGAUAAGAAACAGUUUGACUGACAUUUCAGAGGCACGGUGAUCGCAAGUGUAAAAGGAGCUCUGCAAAUAGAGAACAGUGAGGAGUCAGACCAAGGCAAAUAUGAAUGUGUUGCAACCAACAGCGCAGGAACCCGCUACUCUGCCCCAGCUAACCUUUACGUUCGAGUGCGGCGUGUUGCUCCUCGAUUCUCUAUCCCUCCGAGCAACCAUGAGGUGAUGCCUGGGGGGAGCGUGAACCUCACAUGCGUGGCAGUAGGUGCUCCAAUGCCCUACGUGAAGUGGAUGGCUGGUGUGGAGGAACUGACCAAAGAGGAUGAGAUGCCCGUCGGUAGGAAUGUCCUGGAGCUGAACAACAUCAUGCAGUCUGCCAACUACACCUGCGUGGCCAUCUCUUCCCUCGGCAUGAUCGAAGCCACGGCCCAGAUCACUGUCAAAGCACUGCCAAAACCUCCAACAGAGCCAUUAGUGACUGAAACGACAGCUACCAGUGUGACCCUCACCUGGGAUUCAGGCAACUCCGACCCCAUUUCAUAUUACGUCAUCCAGUACAAGCCCAAAUCCUUGGAGGGUCAGUUCCAGGAGGUGGAUGGUGUGGCAACAACCCGCUACAGCAUAGGUGGGCUCAGCCCUUUCUCGGAGUAUGAGUUCCGGGUCAUCGCAGUCAAUAACAUUGGCAGGGGUCCUCCCAGUGAGCUGGUCGAGGCCCGGACAGGAGAACAAGCUCCUUCAAGUCCACCCCUCAAAGUCCAGGCACGGAUGCUGAGCGCCAGCACCAUGCUGGUCCAGUGGGAGCAGCCAGAGGAGCCAAAUGGACAGAUCCGAGGGUACCGCGUUUACUAUACCACCGACCCGCAUCUGCCUUUGAGCAUGUGGCAGAAACACAACACUGAUGACAGUCACCUCACCACCGUUGGGAGCCUCAUCACAGGGACCACGUACAGCAUCCGUGUCCUGGCCUUUACUUCAGUGGGUGAUGGACCCCCCUCGGACAUCAUCCAGGUCAAAACGCAGCAAGGGGUUCCUGCUCAGCCAGCUGACUUCCAGGCAGAAGCAGAGUCUGAUACCCGCAUCCUGUUGACGUGGCUGCCUGCCUCUCAGGAACGCAUUACCAAAUACGAGCUGCUGUACUGGGAAGGGGAGGAUGGCACCCAGCAAAAGGUGGAGUUUGACCCAACGUCCUCAUAUGCCGUGGAAGGCCUCAAACCAGACACACUCUAUAAGUUCCGUCUGGGUGCCCGCUCAGAGCUGGGGGUAGGAGUCUACACCCCCAUGAUUGAAGCCAGAACUGCCCAAUCCACCCCCUCCGCCCCACCCCAAGAAGUCGAGUGUGUAAGCACCAGCUCCACUACCAUCCGGGUAAGUUGGGUGCCACCGCCUGCCCAGAGCCGCAAUGGGGUCAUCACCCAGUACUCCAUUGCCUACCAGGCAGUGGAAGGAGAUGACAACACCAAGCAUGUGGUGGAUGGCAUUGGACGGGAGCACUCCAGCUGGGAGAUCAAGGACCUGGAGAAAUGGACCGAGUACAAGGUGUGGGUAAGGGCUCACACCGAUGUGGGGCCAGGACCGGAGAGCAUCCCCGUGCACGUGCGCACUGACGAGGAUGUGCCCAGUGCCCCACCUCGAAAGGUGGAGGUAGAGUCUGUGAAUUCGACUGCCAUCCGGGUGAGCUGGAAGCUGCCCAUCUCCAACAAGCAGCACGGGCAGAUCCGCGGGUACCAGGUUACAUAUGUGAAGCUGGAAAACAAUGAGCCCCGAGGGCAGCCAGUGAUCAAGGACGUCAUGCUGUCAGAAGCACAGUGGAGAACUGAGGACUCCGUCGACCACGAGACAGUCAUUGGAGGCCUGCUGCCGGAAACCACCUACUCCGUCACAGUUGCUGCCUACACCACCAAAGGAGAUGGUGCCCGCAGCAAGCCAAAAGUCAUCACCACCACAGGGGCAGUCCCGGGGAAGCCCACCAUGAUGAUUAGCACGACAGCCAUGAACACAGCCCUCAUCCAGUGGCACCCACCCAAGGAGAUGGUAGGGGAGCUGCUGGGUUACAGGCUGCAGUACAGACGUCUUGAUGAGGAAAAGAUGAACACGAUAGACUUCGGGAAGAGAGACCAUCACUACACUGUGACCAACCUGCAUAAGGGGGCCACGUACCUCUUCAAAUUGUCUGCCAAGAACAGAGCUGGCCCAGGAGAGGAGUUUGAGAAGGAGAUCACUACUGCAGAAGAUGUGCCAAGCGGCUUCCCACAGAACCUGCGUGUGGUGGGUCUCACCACUUCCACCACAGAAGUUGCAUGGGACCCUCCAGUCUUGGCAGAAAGAAAUGGCAAGAUAGUCAACUACACAGUGGUAUACAGGGACAUAAAUAGCCAGCAGGACCUGGUUAACAUCACCAAGGACACAAGUAUCACUUUGACGAAUUUGAAGCCUGAUACCACUUACGACAUCAAAGUGAGGGCCCGCACCAAUAAGGGGGUUGGGCCACUCAGCCCCAGCAUCCAGUCCCGGACCAUGCCUGUUGAGCAAGUGUUUGCUAAGAACUUCCGCGUCAAUGCCGUCAUGAAAACGUCUGUAUUGCUGAGCUGGGAAGUGCCUGAGUCCUAUAAAUCUGCAGUGCCUUUUAAGAUUCUCUACAAUAGCCAGAGUGUGGAGGUGGAUGGCCACUCGAUGAAGAAACUCAUAAGUGACCUCCAGCCAGACACAGACUAUUCUUUUGUGCUAAUGAACCGUGGGAGCAGUGCUGGAGGGCUCCAGCACCUUGUCUCAAUCCGCACCGCUCCUGACGUCUUGCAAAGCAAACCCAUUGCCACAAACAAGUACAUACAGGAAGGAAAAUUCACCCUCGCCCUUCCCAAAGUCCAGACCACUGUUCCGGUUAGGUGGUACUACAUCGUGGUUGUGCCAGCAGAUCAGAGCACCAGCAGCCCGACUGCUCGGUGGCGGACACCUGAUGAGAUGGAGCUGGACCAGUUGCUGGAGGCCAUAAGCCAAGGGAGUCAGAGCAGGCGCCAGCGACGCCAAGCAGACAGACUCAAGCCCUACAUUGCUGCUCAAGUGGAUGUGCUGCCCGAGACCUUCACCCUGGGGGAUGAGAAGAACUACAAAGGUUUCUACAACAAGCCCCUGUCUCAAGACCUGAGCUAUCGCUGCUUUGUGCUGGCCUCGCUGGAGGAUGGAGACACGAAGAGAUACGCAGCCAGCCCCUACUCAGAUGAGAUUGUGAUGGAAGUGGCUUCAGCAAAGCAGCAGGAUGAACCGGAGAUGCUGUGGGUGAUGGGACCUGUCCUGGCUGUGAUAUUAAUCAUCAUCAUUGUCAUUGCUAUACUCCUCUUCAAAAGUAAGCAAGAAAGAAAAAGGGCACAUUCCCCCUCUUCCAAGGAUGAGCACUCCAUCGGCCUGAAGGACUCACUCUUGGCCCACUCCUCUGAUCCGGUUGAGAUGAGGCGGCUCAACUACCAGACUCCAGGUGCCAGUGUCCCCAGUUGCCCGAAUGUCUCAAGCAUGCGUGACCACCCCCCAAUCCCUGUGACGGACCUCGCUGACAACAUCGACAGGCUGAAAGCCAACGAUGGGCUGAAGUUCUCCCAGGAAUAUGAGUCCAUUGACCCGGGACAGCAGUUCACCUGGGAGAACUCCAACCUGGAAGUGAACAAACCGAAAAACCGCUAUGCAAACGUGAUCGCCUAUGACCACUCACGUGUCAUCCUGACCUCCAUUGAUGGAGUCCCAGGCAGUGAUUACAUCAAUGCCAAUUACAUUGAUGGCUAUCGGAAGCAGAAUGCCUACAUCGCCACACAGGGACCUCUGCCAGAAACCCUCAGCGACUUCUGGAGGAUGGUGUGGGAACAGAGAACAGCAACUAUAGUCAUGAUGACCAGGCUGGAGGAGAAGUCCAGGGUAAAGUGUGACCAGUACUGGCCAAGCCGGGGUACAGAAACCUAUGGGAUGAUCCAGGUGACACUGCUGGACACAGUUGAGCUGGCAACCUACACCGUCCGCACCUUUGCACUGUACAAGAAUGGCUCCAGUGAGAAGCGAGAGCUGCGACAGUUCCAGUUCAUGGCUUGGCCCGAUCACGGGGUACCAGAAUACCCCACCCCAAUCCUAGCUUUCCUGCGACGGGUCAAGGCCUGUAACCCACCUGAUGCCGGGCCCAUGGUUGUCCAUUGCAGUGCUGGCGUGGGCCGAACUGGUUGCUUCAUUGUCAUUGAUGCCAUGCUGGAGCGGAUGAAGCAUGAGAAGACCGUGGACAUCUACGGGCACGUAACGUGCAUGCGCUCUCAGCGCAACUACAUGGUGCAGACAGAGGACCAGUACAUCUUCAUCCACGAGGCCUUGCUGGAGGCAGCCACAUGCGGCAAUACCGAGGUGCCUGCACGCAACCUCUUUGCUCACAUCCAGAAGCUGACCCAGGUGCCACCAGGCGAGAGCGUUACUGCAAUGGAGCUGGAAUUCAAGCUGCUGGCCAACUCUAAAGCACAUACCUCACGUUUCAUCAGUGCCAACCUCCCAUGCAACAAAUUCAAGAACCGCCUUGUGAACAUCAUGCCGUACGAGCUGACGAGAGUCUGUCUGCAGCCCAUCCGGGGUGUUGAGGGCUCCGACUACAUCAAUGCCAGCUUCAUCGAUGGGUACAGGCAGCAGAAGGCCUACAUCGCCACACAAGGACCACUGGCUGAGACCACAGAGGAUUUCUGGCGGAUGCUCUGGGAGCACAACUCCACCAUCGUGGUGAUGUUGACAAAGCUGCGCGAGAUGGGCCGGGAGAAGUGCCACCAGUACUGGCCCGCGGAGCGCUCUGCCCGGUACCAGUACUUCGUGGUGGACCCCAUGGCAGAGUACAACAUGCCACAGUACAUCCUCCGGGAGUUCAAGGUGACGGAUGCCAGGGACGGCCAGUCACGGACCAUUCGCCAGUUCCAGUUCACAGACUGGCCUGAGCAGGGAGUGCCAAAGACAGGAGAGGGCUUCAUCGACUUCAUUGGGCAGGUGCACAAGACCAAGGAGCAGUUUGGUCAGGACGGGCCCAUCACAGUGCACUGCAGCGCUGGAGUGGGGCGCACAGGCGUGUUCAUCACGCUCAGCAUCGUGCUGGAGAGGAUGCGCUACGAGGGGGUGGUGGACAUGUUCCAGACGGUGAAGACCUUGCGGACGCAGCGGCCAGCCAUGGUGCAGACAGAGGACCAGUACCAGCUGUGCUACAGAGCGGCACUGGAGUAUCUCGGCAGCUUCGACCACUAUGCAACGUAACUAGUGCUUUCCUCCAGUCGCGGUGGGGAUGUCUAGGAGUGGAGAUGGGUCCCUCUGAGCCAGAGCUGCCCAUUCCUCAGUCCUUCUGUACAGAUGGAGGUGCUGCCCAGGCAGCAGACCUCCACACCAACCAGUUUUGACCACGGCAUUUAGGAACUUCGCCCCAGCGCCAAACGAGGGAAUCCGACUCCAAAAGCAUUUCCAGUCUCUGGCUGAAUUUCUGCUCAUGUGCAUCUCUCGCCCUCUCUCACGCCGACUGCAUUUCACAGCGAGGCUUUAGGUGGGUGGAAUGGGGUCUUUUUUUUAAACAUGUAAAAUAGUUACUAGUGGUUUUUAUAAUCUCCUCUCUCUUUAUUUUUUAUUGUUUGCAAGUCUUAAUGUUUUGCCCAGGCAGAACUGGACCCGCCAAACCUUUGGGAGUUGGGCUUUUGGGGUUUUGGUAUUUUUAUUUCCUUUUGCUUUUACAUUUUUUACUGCCCUGUGUUUAUUUCAACCCAGUCACUGCUGGUUCUGCCCAUUUUAGUGCAGCUUCCUUGGUAAUUCGCAGCAGCUGGCUUGUGGUUCCUGCCCGGCUCCAUUCCCCAUAGGCUGCUUUUUAAUCCUCUGUAGAAUAUUAAAUUUCAUGGAACUGGACCUAAGCUACCAAUUAUUUUUUUAGCCUUUCCCCUCCCCCCCAUUAUUUCCUGAGUAGGUUUGGGUUUGGGAGGGCAUCUGGGGUCACCAGAGAAGCGGUCCCCUUCGUCAGCUGGCACCCGUUCAGUCCUAUUCCGAUGCGUGUUAAACCAAUCCAGUGACCGUGUGUAUUGGCAGAUCCCGAUAUGACGUGAGUUGUCGUCGCCUUGUUUGUGAGAGACCCGAAAUCCCGGUCUCUGGGCUUCGGAGUCUCUUUUUGUGUGUCUCACUGGGAAGGGGGCAGGAGAAGCGAGUGGGUCCCACACUUCCCCGGGAAGGGGCUGGAAAGAGCGAGACACGGCCCUUUUUGUUUAUCCCACGGUUCCGUGCGUGCAAGCGCCAUUCUGUCACCUCUCACCAGUGACGUGCAUCAAGAGCAUUUUCAAAUCAAGGAGCACAAGCCCAGCCACCGCCAGAGCAGAGCCGGGCCGGCUCUCUUUGGAAAGCAGGGUACUGCAGGGAAGGGGAGGGGAGUACAUAUGGCUUCAGAGGUUGGGUCUAUCUAUAAUUUCUGCUAUCCUGCAAAUGUUAAAAGUCACUAGAAUAUUGUACUUUCCGCUACUUCAGGACGUUCUAAUGAACCAAUGUGGCAAGACUACUGGACUUAAUUUAAUGGUACUAUAUAUUAAUACUCCUUAUUAUAUCACGCUUGCACUAAAGACAGGGAGUGAGCAGCCCUCUUUCGAGUGCAUUGAGUUAUGAAUAAAGGUGGUGGAAGGGUAUCUAAUUGUAUUAUCACAUGUAUUCCGAAUGUUAAGAAAUCCAAGCUACGUUGAAAUCAGCAAUCCAGGGUUGGUAACGUUGGAGGACACAUUCAUUUUUACCUUGUGGAUGCAUAGUGCUGUAGGGGUCACUGUUGUAUACAGUCUGUUUUCUAUUUGUUAAUAAAAAAAAAAAAAAUCUACAGCAUCAUUGCAUAAUUCUUGAUGUUAAUAAAUUUGAAUAAUUGGGUUUCA